AGUAGUGUACUAAACAGGAAUACCUUCUGUAUGCCCUGCAUACUUCCAUACAGAUAGGUGGUCCUUGGUUUAAAGCAGUCCUGUAUGCGAUUUUUACAGGGGAGUAAAGUCCUGUAGAAAUGCCCGCUGAUGAUCUGGCAGAUAUUGUACAAGAACUUGCUAGCUUCGUCCAGGAUGAGCUCAAAGUGCUUUCUUACAAGUGGGUAGCACGGCACUACUCCAUCUCGGCCAACCUUGCCAAGCGGAUAUUGUUCCAGUUUGCUGAGCAGCAGCGCGAUAAAAUUCGUACGGUGUACUUGGUGUCUGGUUGGACCCGUCAAGAACCGUCCAACCAUGUUCAUCAGUUGGUGGAGGCAAGCCAGCUACAAGUAUUCCGGGAGUCCCUCGCCGAGGUCACCGGCAUGCACGUAUACAGCGUGGCUCCGAACCAGGCCACAAAUCCCGACAGCCUCUGGAUGCCCACCUACCAGCAAUCGCAGCAGCUGCUCAAGGAGCUGAUGUCGGGGCAGCCGAGCGCGUCCGCAGAGGCGUUCCGCAACAACAGCUGCAGCGCCGUACGCUUCAAUCCGCCGCCCCCAACCGCUCCGGCAGCUGUGGCGGCAGCAGCUGCAGUGCGGCCGCCUGCAGCGACGGCGGUCGGGGGUGCAAAGGCGCAGGGACAGGCAUCGCGGGCGGCUCCUCAACCCGCGCCGCUUGCAGCAGCGCAGGCUUCCACGCCGUCAAAGGACGUAGGCGCAGGAGGCAACGCGCCUUCUGCAGCUGGCGCCUCCGCGGCAUUGCGAGCAGCAGCGCCGGCGGCAGGAUCAGCACCUUCCGCCUCACCUCCAAAGGCGCCCGGCACUUCUCCACCGAAAGCGGCAGCUGCGGCGGGCAAGGCCGCUGGCGGCAAGGGCGCCGCCUCCGCUGCGGCAGCUGGGAAGCCCUCCAGUACACUCGCAAAUCUGUGGAACAAGGCGCCCGCCAAGCCCAAGGCUGCCGGGGCACCAGUCUCCGCCGCUGCUGCUGCUGCUGCUCCCGCUGUUGCAUCGAAGCAGGAGCCGGCACCCGUUGCUGCUGAGACCAGCAGCGGCAGGACGGAAGAGGAGGACGAGGAGGCACUCCAGGUGGCUGCUGGCGGGGGUCGGAGUCGCAAGCGGCGUGGCGCACAGAUUGACGACAGCGAGGACGAGGGCGAGGAGCAGAAGGGCGGCGGGGCGGUUGACGGGUCCGGAGGGCCUGAGGAGGCUGCGGCUGCGGCGCAACCGCCGAAAGGCGGCAAGCAACCGGCCAAGGCUAAGGGCGCCGGAAAGAGCCAAAAGGAGACCAAGGACAAAGGCGGCGCAAAACGAGCCAAGCACGCUGUACAACAGCAGCCGGAGAUAAAGCAAGAGCCGGAAGCCAUGGAGCAGGAGCAGCCUGACGAAAAUGCUACGGAGGCUGCCGGGGCGGCGCCCGCAGGGGAUAUAGACAUGGACGAGGCCGUGCUCGGGGCGCUGGAGGUUGCUGGCGGCGCGGCGGUGCCGUCGCUACAUGAGUCGUCUUCACAGCAGGCUGCAAAGCCUGCGGGAGGCGGAGGCGUCAGCAAGGGGCGCAAAACCAGCCGCACGUACAUCAACGACCAGGGUGAGGAGGUCACCGAGGAAGUUUACGAGGAGGGACCGGCACCGCUGCAGCCCCAGCAACCGCAGCAACCCACAGCUCCCGCACAGCCAGCAGCGGCGGCGGGCAAGGCCGCCGGCGGAACCGGGUCCGCCAAAACAGCUGCCAAAACAGCAGCAGCGGGAGGCAAAGGAAAGGGCAAGGCCCCAGCGGCUGGCCAGAAAUCCAUGACGGCAUUCUUUGCGAAGAAGUGAGCUCUGGCGCAAGGUGGUUCCGCAUCUUUGGACAGUGGUUUGGAACAGAGGGCCGGCGUUAACCGUGUCCAGCUCAGGCCCGAUGCUCCCUAGGGUGGCAUUAGCCGUCUCACACGACGACCGUGCAUGCCAAGGCUUUCCAGUGGGCAUAUUCUACGGCAGGUAGUUGGCAAUUUGUUUCAAACUGGGUUGUAACCAUGAUCGUGA